AUUGCUCUUGGCCAUUAUUUCAUGACAAUAGAGUGUAAUGUACCAGUAUCUGGUACGAGUUUACAUCUGCAAGGAAGUUCACAGUUCACAAUUGCCAAUAAGGCCACCAUGUCAAUGCAGGCAUGAGUCGAGUCAGUCGAUCCAAGAGUGCAAUGUGACCGAAUGGCGACACACGCGGUACAGUCGAACAUAAACAGUACAGACGCGACCAAUCAAUCUUUUCAAAAAGCCACCAAUCCCAGUCAGGCAAGACACCAUUGGAGGUGGCGGAGACAGUUUUACAUUGCCUUAAAGACUUAAUGAACCUUGUUUCAGAGGCACUGAGUGUCCCCAAGAUUGACUACUAAUGUACGUAUACCCCAAACGGAAGCAAUUGGUUUAUGAGCUGUACUAGGUCAUGGAAAAAUCCCGGUUUGUUAAGUCAUCGUAUGAAGGUCAAGAACAUAUUUAAGAGUCGCUGGGAGAUUGUGCCAGUUUUUGCUGGGUCAAUCGCGCCGAAGAAUAAAUAAAUCUGCUGCACAAGAGGGAACUUACAUGUCUGCCGGAGGCCUUUUUUGUUCUUUUUCAAAACUACGAGUUAGGGGACCGUCAAAUGGUCAGAACAGCUGACAUGGUACUAAGUAGCUGUGUUCAUUAUGCUCAGAUUCAUGCAACGGUAUUCAAGUCACAAUGACACCGGACUCAAAGACGCACGGAGAUCGUCGGAGAUUGACUAUUGACCGAGUGUUGACCGAGUGUUGACCGUCCAAUUCUGUUCUUGUUGGAUCAUGGUCUCAAUCGGACAAUCAAUCAAUCGGACUGCACAUUCUUUGUGGAAUAAAAGGCCAAAGGUUUUGUUUGAUUUCGGCUCAUCUCACAAUUCUCGCCCUCUGCAUCUUUUUGAGUUAUCUCGUCUGAGCAACUUAUACUACUAUUUUUCUUGUUGGAAAGCAAUUAUUAGUCUACCAUGACACAUCUACCCCCCGCCAUUGUUUUGAUGUUUGGCGGAACAGAGUCCUCCAAGAACAACAAUAAUAAUAACAUGAUGGAAUCCUGUUCUUCCAUUAGCAUGAUGGAUUCUUGUUCUACCCUGGGCAUGUCGCAUUCUACCCUCUCUGGUAGUGGUAACGGCAACACCAACAACAGUCCCAACAAGAUCCCCGUCUUGUUGGAGGCGUGCAAAGAGCAGCAUCAACAAGUCUUGGCCAAACGCAAGAGAGCCAUGCUCCGUCAUUCCAGGUCGUUUGAUAGCACCAACGGUGGGCCUCCACAAUCCUUUAUCCGAAGACCCCGUCAAAGCAAGACCAGACCUCGCCGUCACAGGAGUACCCCCGUCAAGGAAGCCGAACCAGAAGAAGAAGAAGAAGAGAUUAUCAUUAUCGUCACAGAAGAAGAAGAAUAUGAACAUGAUGAGCCCAUUGUCGUCAAGGAAAAUCGAUGGGACAGUGGAAAACCUGCCCCAGAAUCAACGGCAGCUCGGAUGGAGAACAACUCAGCAGCAAUUAGGAUGGGACAGCCACAAUUGCAACGAAGUUCCUCUCACACGUCAUCGUCCCGUUGGGAUACCGGUACCGACUCGGGUCACUCGCGAAGAUCGUCUACGUGUCCGAUCCUCCCACCAUCUCGCCAAGAUUCCUUUACCGAACUGUCGCCCGAAGAUUUGAUCAUGGAUGCACGACCAACAAUUCCAACCACCAUCAGUACAACUACUAGUACUAGUACAAGUCCCAAGGUACCCCAACGAACACACAGCUCGGACGCCAAUCGAAGGCCCCUGCGUUGCUAUUCCCCACAACGAUGCGUGUCGCCUGCUCGGAUGGCAUGAUCAUCUUCAUCAUCAUAAUACCAAAAACAACAGCAUUUAUUGUUUAGGUGAAGGAAGCAAGCAAGGGGGCUACAAACUACAUGCAUAGCUUAUCUCUAUUAUAAAACUAAGUUUAGAGGAAGA